AUGUUACACUACUCUUCCUCGUACCAGACGGCGGGAACAGGAAACGGAACAUCCGCCGGUUUGGGUUACACAGAGGAACGGGGCCACCACAUGGUUGAACGGGACUCAGCGGACAUCCAUUGCCCUGACUCUGUGUCCAACUCUGUGUCCAACUCUGUGUUCCUGGAGGACUAUGUGGUCUCUACUGGGGACACCCUGGAUCUGUCCUGUAACCCCGACGGCCCCGCCCAAGCUGUCCUCUGGUUCAAGGAUGGCAGCGGCCUGUUGCCUAGCAACCGGACGCGAGUGGACCAGAGGGUUCUACGCAUCAUCAACGUGUCUUACGAGGACUCCGGAAUGUACUCCUGCCACGUCACUCACGACAACAACCUGCUCAGCAACUACACAAUCAGAGUGACAGAUUCUGAGAAUUUAAAGCCUUCAAUACUGGAUGUUCAAUUCUGUUUUCAAGAUAGAAACUCUUCCUGCAGAAAGGCUUCGCUAUCGACAGCUAUCUACAUAACACUGUACAUCUUCUUCUCAUUGAUUUCAGCAGUUACAGUAUUUUUGAACCUACUGGUGAUCAUCUCCAUCUCUCACUUCAAGCAGCUCCACACUCCAACCAACCUGCUCAUCCUCUCUCUGGCUGUGUCAGAUCUCCUGGUGGGACUGAUUGUGAUACCAGCAACGACUGUAGCAAUAAUGGAAUCAUGCUGGGGUUUUGGGGAAUAUUUCUGUUUGUUUGAAUUCUACAUCGCUUAUUUAUGUACUUCUUUAUCUCUGGGCAAUUUGGUCUUGAUAUCUAUUGACCGCUAUGUUGCUGUGUGUGAUCCAUUAUUGUACCACUCUAAAAUAACAAUAACAAGAAUUAUGUGUUGUAUAUCCAUUUCCUGGAAGAGGAACGCAGGAAAGAGAAGCUGA